AUGGCCGACGAGGAGAAGCUCUACAAACCACGCAAAUCUCACAAGAAGUCUCGCAAUGGCUGCAAGAACUGUCGGCGACGUAAGAUCAAGUGUGACGAAACCAAGCCAGAGUGCCGGACUUGCGUGAUACGCGAAGAGCAGUGCGAGUAUUUCCCGCACACAAUCCGGCAGGAGUCUCAAUUCCAAAACCUCACCAUCACUUCGGUCCACGACGGCCGGCGCAUGCAAAGCAUUCUGACAACUAAUUCGCCAUCUCUACACGGCCAGCCCACUUGGACGUCAGUUUCACCAGAGGCCGAUGAGACACUGUACGAUGCCUCCGAGGCUCUCAACCCGUAUAGUCCUUCUGAUGUCAAUGAAGAAGAUAUGUACCUCUUCACCCACUACAUCCGUCACACCGUCCACGCCCCAGGCCUGACCAACAGCUUCCGCUAUGCGAGAAAGGUAGCAAUGCCCAGAAUGGCUGCGCGAAGCCAGGGCCUGCUCUGCUCCAUACUUGCCUUCGGCGCCGCAUGCAUAUGUGUAGACAUCUUGACGGGUUACGAACCACUUUCGCACAUGGACCGGAUUGACGUGCUCCUCUCCCGGGGCGACUACUACCAUGGCAAAGCUCUCGCCCACAUGAGGGCCCAAUUGAACACAGAUUCUGCUCAGGAGCUAGAAAUUGCACACGCCCACUCGGCCAUGAUGCUUGGGUACCCGCCCGCUCGAAGGCGAAUCUUCCGCCUGCUUCACCGCCAACAGGAGAAGCUGGGGUUCGUGCUCCACGACCCAAUGGCUGACUCACCAACCAACCUCGAAUGGCUGCAUCUUCUUCGAGGCGUCAGAAGUAUCGGCACCAUCCGUAACAGCAGAUCACCCGCGAUGGACACGGCCUCGCCCCAUCCGGAAAGAGGUGCGCCUUCGCCAUACAUUUCGGCCUACAUCCUGAACGCCGUCGAAUCCCAAGGUGACAAACUCACCAUGGACGCCUCCGCACUCGACUCGCCCGCCGGGCCCCGACAUGUAAUGUACCCGACGAUCGCCGCCACGGCAGACCCCGCCUUCCAAGCCCUCCACCAGCGCCUCAACGCACUCCAAGACAAGCUCCGCCAUCAAGACCGCGCCGACCCGCUCUUCACCUUCGAGCAAGCCGAGAGCCAGUUCUCCGACGUCCAAGCCCUGGGCGCCUGCUACUCGGCCCUCACCAUGCUCGAAGCCCUCAGCCACUCCAUCUUCCACACCGACAACAGCACCUCUUCCUCCCCGUUCCCUUCAAGGGACGACGCCUCGCCCUCACAGGCCACCACAAAACCCACCUUCUCCUCCUGGCUCAAACAGUACUGCGACUCCCCACCCACCUUCGAAUCCUCCCGCCCCCUCACGCACGCCGUGUUGACGUGGCCGAACCGCGUUCCCGCUCCGUACAUCUCGCUGCUCAGCAAGCCAUUCCCGGCGGCGGGCUUCCCGCCCCACGGUCCUCCAGACGGGGGCAUAGUGGCCAACGAGGAGGAGGAGCAGCCGCCGUUGCUGGAGCACGCGAUCCAAUACCUGGCGUGGGAGGUGUAUGCGCACUGGCUGGUCUUCACCAUCUUGAUCGAGCACGAGGCCUGGUGGCUGGCCGACCUGGGCAGCUCGGAUAUCGGGAAGCUGCAGGUCAUGUUGCCGUGGACUGGGGCUCGGGGGGAGGUGGAUGGCACUGGGAAUGAGGAGGAGGAAAAGGCGUGUUGGUGGCCGGCGCGGAUGAAGGCGUUGGCGGAGGGGAUGGCUAGGAAGGGGAUCUAG